GACACAUACAGGGAUUCUCAGGGAUUCACAGAGACAGAGACACAGACAGGGAUUGACAGAGACAGGGAUUCACAGAGACACACACACACACACACAGGGACUCUAUCUUUUAGAGACUUAGACACACGCACAGGGAGUCUGUCAUUCAGAGACACACACAGGAACUCUGUCAUUGAGAGGAAGAGGGACUCACGCAGAGACAGAGAGAUAGACACACACACACACAGGGAUUUGUCAUUGAGAUACCCUCACACAGAGUGAGACAGAAACUCAAGACGCUGAGCCUUGUAGAAGUGAGACAUUCCAUACUCUCUGUGAGACUCCCACUAAGACGGUGACAGGGACUGAGGUUUCUCUCUGACAGCGCUGCUGAGACUGAGAGAGCUCGCCAACAUGGUCAGCGUCUUCCUGUUUGUGCCCAACCUCAUUGGUUACAGCCGCAUCUUCCUGGCCCUCGCUGCUUUUUACUUUAUGCCAAGUAGCCCAAAGCUGGCCACGGGCCUGUACCUGCUCAGCUCCUUUCUGGAUUCAUUCGACGGCCACGCUGCUCGGUUACUCAACCAAUGCAGCAGGUUUGGAAUGAUGUUGGAUAUGCUGACGGAUCGAUGUGCCACCAUGUGUUUGCUGGUGAACCUCUCGCUGCUGUACCCUCGCUAUGUUUUCCUGUUCCAGCUCAGUAUGUCUUUGGAUAUCAGCAGCCACUGGUUACACUUACACAGGUCGGUCAUACUCCCACAAAUCCACCCCGGGGAUACGGGCCUUGUGCCUUCGCUGAAUAUCCACUUCUUCCAGCUGCUCCUGUACUGCUCCUUCCCGAUCUGUGCAAUCAAAACUGCCAUCAGCGUUAUCCACCUGAUCACAGCAGCUCGCAACAUGGCAGCGAUGGACCAAGCAGAGGGUGAGCAGGGUCUUGCCUCCCGUAAGCAGGACUGAACCCCAACAGGAUCUGAAGCCCUCUGCACACUGCCCCUACCCCGCUCCGUCCCCCGCCACUCAACUCCAGCAGCACAUUCCCAAACCUGGAUCAUUGUCCGCCCUCUGUCUGCAACUAUCUCUGUGUUAUCCCCCCCGAUGCCCUCACUGUGUUCGUGCAGGCGCCUUCUCCUUUCUCCCCCAUUCCCAUAGGCCAAGAAUGAUCAGCUAACGAGGAAGUGCUCGAACGGAGGUGUCAAUAAAGCUGUUCAGCACCAGGA